GGUGCAUAAAAGCUGAUAUAUAAUUAUUUUGCAGGUGUUGCCUGCCGGAGCAAGCUCAACAAAGAUGUUCGGUUCCGUUUCUCUUCUCCUUCAAAGGCAUUUUACCACUAUUAUCCUGAUGGAGUACUGUUUGCUCCAGAGUAUGAUCCAAGCUGUGAAGACGUCAAUUUUGAUGUUCUGCUACUAAAAACGUUUCAAAAACUAACUGUCUCUGAUUCCGUUAAUCAACUCUGAGAAUUAUCUCUAACCUGUUUGAGGGGUAUGCAAGAUAUAUAUACUCGAGGUUUAAUCAUCCCCGAAAACUUCUUGGAGUUGUCCUUAUCCGCUAUGGAGAAGCUAAAUGCAGCAUGUAGAACAAAUGUUGUGUAACUUGGUAAAAGGCAUUGGAACAAAGCGACCAUGUAGUGAAGAGCCUUGCUUAAUUGCCUAUAACUAGGAUGCCUAUGGGAUUACUCGCGAGCAUUGCGUUAAUUUUUUCAGUUCAAGUACUAUACCAAGGUGUACCGAUGAUUAUCGACAGUGGUUGGUGUCUAUGUUCUCCCUGUUUGGCACCGAGUUUGUCAAGAUGUUUAAUGGUCCAUGUGGAAAGUCAACCAAACAACGCAGUCUAGAUCUGUCUCUGGAACAGCCUCGGGUGCACAUGAUCCAAUGCGAACCUGUGUGAACGUCCCUGGAUUGUCUGAAGGGAAAUUAGAGAGAGAGAUAGCACACAGUGGCUUUUCUACAGGAUCAGACAUUCAGUUGAAGAUGCUGGAAAGUGCUCACUUGGCAAAUCCUGACUGCAAUUGGUGGUUGAAAGGAGAUAGAUGUGAUGUAGUCGGAGGCCUAGGAGAGUCAACACGUUUUGUGUGGUCUGGGGAUGUUGACCACAAUGAUGGUGAGGUACAAAAAAUGUACCAAACAUACCGAAAUCUUCUUGACUUCAUUGCCUCCAUGAGAACAAUCACCUGUGACACAGUUGCCAACCUCAAGAAAUGCUCUGCUCUGCUGUUACAAGAAAAGGAGUUCCUCGUGAAAGGAUGGACAGUUGAAGAGCUACAGAAAAUGUCACUGUCAAUAUCAAUGCCUUAGUCGGUUUCCUUGACGACAACGAAUCUGUUCCUCCUGGAAUCAAUCUGUCCCAGAGUCUGGCAAACAUCCAAGAACAUCUCACAACAUUUAUUAGUUUGCUUUACCGUCACAAACGACAUCCAGCCAGCAACGUUUACAUGAUGAUGAUCAGUAGCGAGCAACGUCGAGUCAAACCGUAUGCACUCCCAAUUCAGCUUAUCCCUUAUAAAUCUGUUAACGAAAACAUUAUGCGAGCUCUGAUUGUGAGAUAGUAAAGGUGAUGCGAUCCCUAGGAAUGAAAAUUGUUGGUUUCUGUAGCGACGGUGAAUUCAACUCCAUGAGGAAUAGGGGGUAUACCAGACCUAUCUCUAUGUUUCUCAUUCGUUCUCAAGUUCAUGCAAAGUAUGCCCGACUGUCUGAAAGCACAAUGCUGGCUAUGCUAACUCCAAAUGCGUAGAGCACAGUACAUUGUACGUGUCAGAGAACUACAGACUCUUCGAUGGCUGAGGUGAGCGUAAUAUUUUUAACCUCGUUCCCAUCCGAUAUAUA